AUGUCCGCCAUUCUCGCUGCCAUCAUUUGCCCCAUAGUCGCGUUGCUCCUCGCCGUCGUCGGCUGCUGCUUCUGGGCCAGCAGCCGCCGCCGCCGCAGGACCAGGAGGUUCGAUGACAGCGGGCUGCGUGCCAAAAUCAGAAAGUCCGGUCCGCGCGACACGCUCAAGGCGGCACUCGGGCGUGAUUUCGGCGACAGAGUGCAGAAGAGUACGGCGGAUAUUCUGGCGAGCCACCACAGGUCUGAACUGCAGGGCUUCCGCGGAGGCGUCUGGAUGUCCCAUCACGCGACCACAGCCGGCGUCCUCGAGCACUGCCGCAUCUUUGCUCACGAGCACAUGUUUGAGAUUCGCCCUCGACGCCCCGAUGAUGCAUCAAAAUUGGAAGCUGGCGAGCCUGCGCGAGAGGCGCUUGUCACCGUGGGCGAUAGCGUCUUUAAGCAUGGGCGCGAAGUGUGGCCCCCUUAG